ACAUAGUUUUGUGCACAGAAAUCGUAGUUGGAUAAACCGCCAUUACUCUCAUUUCAAUUCGCCAUUACCAAAACUGCAAUUGAGAAUUCAUAAAGGCACAAGAAAAUCAUGGCGGCGGCCGGAGGAGGAGACCGGCUGACUGAUCUGCCGGAGGAAAUUCUACUCCACAUCCUCUCUAUGUUACCAAACAGUAAACAAGUUGUUCGAACCAGCGCAUUAUCAUCGCAAUGGCGAUUUCUUUGGAAAUCCGUUCCGGCAUCACUCUAUUUCAACUCAGAAGAUGAUCUUAACUCUGACGAAGAAGAAAAUAUUAUCGCUUACGCAGUUUCUGUUAAUAGAGAGCUUCAUUAUUGGAGGUCUUGCGAGAAAAUUAAAUCAUUUAGGGUUUUUCCUCAUAGUUACGAGUUUAUUGAACAUGAUAUUGAUUUGUGGGUGCACUUUGCUGUUAAUAUUGGUAAGGUUGAAGAGUUUACGUUGAAAUUUUAUUUUUUUGAGUCUGUAGAUUUUGCGUAUAAAUUUCCUGAAUUCGCGUAUACGAAUACGGUUUUGAGGAAUUUGGUGUUAGGAUGUUGCCGGUUGAGACCUUCUGGUAAUGUGAAAUGGAGUAAUUUGGUUUCUCUUUCGAUUGGGGAUGCGGGUAUGACAGAGGGUGUAAUGGAAAAAAUAUUAUCAGGUUGUCCUAAUUUGGAGUGCUUGGAGUUAGAUAAAGUUAUUGGUAUUCAUCGUCUGGAUAUCAGCUCUGUGAAGCUGAGAAAAUUGAUUGUAACGAUUUUUGAUAGAGAAUGUGGUGUUGAUGAUCAAGACUAUUGCCUCGAAAUUCAUGCCCCACAUAUUCGACAUUUAGAACUUCGGGGAUUGUGUUGCGAUGAGAUACACUUUCAGCUGAGAGAUGUGGCUUCACUUGUCACUGCAGUCCUUUCUUUAAAUGUUCAUUUUGUCGACCUUGAAGAGAAUUUGGAGAAAGAGUGUAGAUAUUUGCAGGAACUUCUUCACCACGUUGCCAAUGUCAAGAAUCUUGAAUUGGGUCCCUGGUGCAUCGAGUACCUGUCCAUACUGGAGUUUAAAGGGUGGCCUGUUCCACCAUCAAGCUGGAGAUUCUUAAAACUUAACUCAGCCUUAGAACAGUACGACUAUCCUGGAAUUUGCAGCUUUCUAUCGAGUUCAUCAGGUCUUGAGACAUUGGUCAUUGACUGGCGCCAUCCUAAACAAAGAAAAUUGCUGUCAAAGUACACAAAUGAGGAUGAACGACGGAGGAGAUUUGAAACACAUAGUUUUAACUGUUCAUUGCCACAUCUAAAGACCUUCAAGUUCAUUAACUUUUAUGGAAAACCAAGUGAAAAUAAGUGUGUACAUCCAUUGAUCAAAUGUUUGUGCAAGAAUGCGACAGCACUAAAGAAGUUUGGCAUUGCUUGCGAAUUCAGAGGGAGAGAUGUGUUUUGGAAUUAUGUCGUCAGGAGGUCCUAAGCUUUCCAAGAUCCUGUCCGCAAGCUUCAGUUGCCUUUCCUUGUUGAUAAUCUUAUGCCAUUCUCUUUUUUUGUGAUCGCGACAUACAUAACAACCUUUUAAUGUUGGUUUGAAAUUGGUUUAUAGUGGAUAGAUGAGAUUUGGAUUCUAGU